UUUUUUUCUUCUUUUUUUUGUUGAAAAUGUGUGUGUUUUUGCUUUGGUGUGUGUGUUUGCUUUGAAAGAGCAGAUGUGUGUGUGAGAGUGUGUAGCGCAGGGUUGCUCGCCCGGGUUGAAAUGCUGAAGCGUCCAACUGGGUUAUUUUUGGGUCAGUGACAGCGAGUCAAUGGCUGCAGAUGCGUCGCAAAGGAAGGCUCUGAGAUACCAGCAGACCCUGCUCUCUGGGGAGUACAGGGAGCAGCUGGGCAGCUAUGCCAGGAGGGAGGCCAAACAAUUGAUGACAGAGAGACAAUGGAGGAGGCAAGCAGGAGAACGCACCCCCGCCAACCCCAGACAGGGUCAUGGGCGGCGACAUCAGCCCCCUGUUACCAUGGAGUCCUUCCUCAGUCAAACCUCUUCCAUGAAGAAGCCCCGCCCCUACUCCAAAUGCCAAGACUGUGUGGCACGUGUCCAGAGGUACAUGGUGACCAAGCUGGGGGAGGACUGGAUCUUCCUGGUGUUGCUGGGCGUGACCAUGGCCCUGGUGAGCUGGAGCAUGGACUACGCCAGCGCCAAGAGCCUGCAAGCAUACACGUGGAUGCAUGGGGAGUUGAGUGGUAACGUCCUGCUACAGUACCUGGCCUGGGUCACCUAUCCCAUGGUCCUGGUCAUGUUCGCUUCUCUCUUCUGCCACCUGGUCGCCCCCCAGGCCAUAGGCUCUGGUAUCCCUGAGCUUAAGAUACUGCGUGGGGUGGUGCUGAAGGAGUAUUUGACCCUCAAGGCCUUCGUGGCCAAAGGUGGGCUGACCGCUGGACUGGGCAGUGGCAUGCCAGUGGGGAAGGAGGGCCCAUUUGUACACAUCGCCAGUAUCUGUGCGGCCGUGUUGAGUCAGGUCUUAUCCAUCUUCUCCGGAGUCUAUGAGAAUCCCUAUGGUUACACAGACAUUCUGACAGUAGGCUGUGCUGUUGGGGUGGGCUGCUGCUUUGGAACACCACUAGGAGGGGUGUUGUUCAGUAUUGAGGUCACGUCUACCUACUUUGCAGUGAGGAAUUACUGGAGAGGCUACUUUGCUGCCACGUUCAGUGCCUUCAUAUUCAGGGUGCUCUCUGUGUGGAACACUGACGCUGUCACCAUCACGGCUCUCUUCAAAACCAACUUCCGAAUGGACUUCCCCUUUGACUUGCAGGAGCUUCCUGCGUUUGCAAUUAUUGGGAUCUCAUGCGGGUUCCUGGGGGCGUUCUUUGUGUACCUGAACCGACAGGUGGUGCUGGUCAUGAGACGGCAGACCGCACUCACACGCUUCCUAACCAAGCACCGUUUGAUUUACCCAGGGGCCGUUACACUGAUCAUCGCCACCAUCACGUUUCCUCCAGGGUUCGGACAGUUCAUGGCCGGAGAGCUUAUGCCCAGGGAGUGUAUAAACUCGCUCUUUGAUAAUUUCACCUGGACCAAAAUCUUGGAGGCCCCGCUCCCCCCUGGUCUGGGGCGCUCCAGCGCGUGGCUCCACCCUCAAGUCAGCGUGUUCGUCAUCCUCAUCCUCUUCUUCAUCAUGAAGUUCUGGAUGUCUGCUGUUUCCACCACGAUGCCCAUCCCCUCGGGUGCCUUCAUGCCCGUGUUCAUACUAGGGGCAGCAUUCGGACGUCUGGUGGGCGAGAUCAUGGCCACUCUUUUCCCAAAUGGGAUCCUUUUUGACGGGAUAGUCUACCGCAUUCUCCCUGGGGGCUACGCCGUCAUAGGUGCGGCAGCCCUGACGGGGGCGGUCACCCACACGGUGUCGACCGCGGUCAUCUGCUUCGAGCUCACAGGCCAGAUCUCCCACAUCCUGCCCAUGAUGGUGGCAGUGAUCCUGGCCAACAUGGUGGCCCAGGGCCUGCAGCCCUCGCUCUACGACUCCAUCAUCCAGGUCAAGAAGCUGCCUUACUUGCCUGAGCUGGCCCUCGGACACAUCAGCAAGUACAACAUCUUUGUUGAGGACAUCAUGGUACGGAAGGUGAACUUCCUGUCCUCUCAUUCGACCUACAGGGAGUUGAGCCGCCUUCUAGAUGCCACCUCCCUGAAGACCAUCCCGUUAGUCGACUCCAAGGAAUCCAUGAUCCUAUUGGGCUCCAUCGAGAGGACCGAGCUCCAGGCCCUCUGUGAUUGGUGGCUGUCGGCCGAUAGGCGGGUCUUUGAGCAUGGCCAGGGGUCAGCGAGCACCAAGGCUAGCUGGGAGUCGUUCACCUUGGUGGAUGAGGAGGGAGGCGAGCGGGGCGGAGACAAGACCACUCCAGUCCAGGAUGAAUGCAACGGGCCCCUCAGAGCCCCCCGAUCGCAGGAACUCUCCACCAAUCACGCCGGUUCAGACAAGCGCAGGCUCCAGUCUGUGAGGAGAACUUUCCAGCGCCUCUUCUCGUCUGUCUCUUCCUCCUCGGGCCAGACAGACACUCAGGAGUCACCCGCUCCCCAUACUGACACCAUGUCCCAAGAGGAGAUCAAAGUCUGGGAGGAAGCAGAGCUGGACAAACCAAUCGAUGUGGAUCAGAUACGCGUAGAUCCCUCCCCCUUUCAGCUGGUGGAAAGGACGUCCUUACACAAGACCCACACCCUCUUCUCACUGCUUGGUCUCAGUAAUGCCUAUGUCACCAGCAUUGGGAAACUGGUGGGUGUUGUGGCAUUGAAUGAGCUGCAGAAGGCCAUCGAGGGCUCAACCCGGAGCGGGGUGAGGUUGCGCCCCCCGCUGGCCAGUUUCCGAGACGCCAGCAGGAAGGCAAAGAAGCACCAGCCCCCGCCAUCCACCCCCUCCUCGCCCACCCGGGAGAGGGAGCUGUGGGGCGAGGGGAGCAGGAGGGAGGCCCAGGAGGGCGGGAGGAGGGAGACCAAGGAGGAGCCGGGAAGAAAAGGAGGCUCCUCCAGUGGAGGUACGGAGUGUGGGCCCUCACCCCAGGGAAGCGUCCGGAGCGACGGCCCUGAGAUAGACUCUCCUCCCCUGGAAACCUUCUCCCCCUCUACCCCCUCCACCUCCACUCCUGCCAGCCCUGUCUUCACUCUCUCAUCCCUCCAUUCUGUGCCGGAGGAGGAGAAAGAGGAGGAACGGGACAGCGAGGAGGAGUCUGACGAGCCCAUUUAGGUGGAUUCCGUUUUUCUCCUCUUUGACAGACUUCUUUUCAAGGUGCAUGCUGGGAAAGGUUUCGGGGUGGGGCUUGUUGGAGACUACACUGACGCUCGGCUGUCAGGAUGCAGGAAGAGCCGUUGCAGAAGAACGGUGCUUCUGGGACUUGUAGUCCUGGGAGUUGUUUUUUAUUCUUAGGGUGGCCAUGUUUUUUUUCUUCUUCUUCUUCUCUCAGUUUCUCAGGUGUAUUCAUUGCGUCUUUAAAACUCCAGACAUUGACAGAUGUUUCUCAUCCUCUCACAUUCUGUACCUGUGCCUCUGAAAGUGAAUAUAUGUCCCUGUUCCACCACAGAUUAAUACACUGUAACGUGUAGUGUAGGUACACUGUUUGUGUCACUGUCAGAGACACAUACCUCCAUGGCACAAUAACUGACAAAAAUGAAAUGAGUUGAAUACUGAAAUUAUAUUGUUAGUCGAGAUGCAACAGACAGUGAUUCUUGAUCACGAAUCAAAUGUUUACUAAUGGGAAUAAAAAUAAUUUUAGUGUACAGUUCGUACUGCAUCUCCGAUAUGUUCAUUCAUGCCGAUGCUUGUAAUGGUAAUUUUGGGAAAUAUAAUAAGUACUUCAA